CUCAACUCGAAGCUUCUCUUGCUGCUUCGUUGUACCCUCCACAAACCUCUCCAGUCUAGCUAGAUUCUCUCGUCGAAUAUGUCAGAAGCUGCACUCGAACGUCAGAUUCGUCCCAUCUAUGAUGCUUUGGACCAUGGAUCAAACAAGUCUGCUAUCAAUGCAUGCAAUAAAGUGCUUAAAAAGUAUACUAAUAAUACUCUUGUUAAAGCCCUGAAAGCACUUGCAUUGACGCGUUCGCAGAAAGUAGAGGAAGCGUUAGUUCUAUGCGAUGAGAUCCUUGCUGCCACUGUCACGGAUGAUUCCACACUGUCCGUGAUGACGCACGUCCUCAAGGGCCUUGCCAGAAACUCCGACAUGGUAGCCAUGUUUGAUAACGCGUUUAAGCAACAACCUCAGAGCGAGGAACUCGGCGCACAAACGUUCUUUGCUCAUGUACGAACUGGCAACUGGAAAUCUUGCCAACAGGUUGCAACCCGAAUGCACAAGCUAUUCCAGGGGGACCGGUACGUAUACUGGGCCGUGGUAGGCGCAAUUCUCCAGGCAAAUGACCUUGGCACUCCUCCAAACAUUCGCACAUUGCUCUACAAGUUGGCUCACCGUCAUGUCACAUCAUGUCCGACGCCAUCAUAUAUGGCCGUGGACCGCUUCCACUUGCACCUGAUAAUCCUGCAGGAGCUUCAACUGUGGGAUGAAGCAAACACCUUGCUGGAAAGUGAUAUCGGGAAGUCGAUCUGCUCAGCUAGUCUCGUGUGCAAUGAAACUCGCAGGGAAAUCUGGCGCAAACGCGGUCUAUACAAGGACGAGGGGGAACGGGCUCAAGAGAGGAUCAAAAACAAUGACCGGAAUUGGCUGGAGUUCAUUUCAGUAAUCGAUGCCACUUUUGCUUCAAUGCAACAGCCCGAUGUCAGCGAAGAGGAAAAGUCAGAGUGCUCCGAGAACAUUGCGAAAACACGCGAUUUCCUUACCGAAAUCGCCAAGGUAGAUGGCUCAAAUAACCGUUCUGCCUCCUUGGCGCUUUUGGAGCUUGAGAAAAAUGCGUUUUCCCACGGAAUAUCCUCUGAUGAGAGCACUUUGGUUGACUCGAUGGAGAACUACUUCUCCCAGUUUGGCGAUAAGGCGUGUUGUUUCGAAGAUUUGCGGCCUUGUGUAGACCUUUGCGCAGACGCAAAAUUGCGAUGGAUAAGCUUCCUUGCAUCUCAAGAGUCCUCCUUUGCUACUACGGGGGAUCUGCAACGGGUGAUAAACGUUCGGAAAUUACAACGAAUCAGUCUUACGGCUUCAGAACUAUCCACAGACAAAGAGUUGUAUUUGACAUCCACCUAUAUCGAAGAGUACAUGGCGGGACUAGAGUUGGGUUCCAGCUUGCCUGUAACCGAACUUCAGCCAGUCGAUGAUCUCGCGAUCCUUGUCGGUCAUGCAUUUGUCAGCCUGUGGACAAUGACCAAGGACGAGAGCUAUCUAUACAACGCCGCCGCUGUGCUGGAAUUCGCUUUGACAAAGAGUCGUAUGUCGUUCCAGAUUCGGUUGCUACUUGUACGCAUAUACCGUCUACUUGGAGCCUCGUCAUUGGCUCUGGACCACUACCGUGCCAUCAAUAUAAAACAAGUCCAAAAUGACACUCUUUCCCACUUUCUUCUCACACGGGCAUUGACCUUCUCCCUUUCCGCAACUGGAGACCUAACAUACCCUUCAGAAUGCAUAGAAUCAAGCCAGAUUUAUGUCAGUAAUUCCCAAGAUACCCCGGAUUUCAUCAUUCGUGCAUUCACAUCAGAGAAAUACAGUCAGAUACCAGAAUUUGUCUCUUUUGAUGACAGGUUGGAGAACUCCCUCCAACGUGACGUCGUUAAGCUUGAGCACGUUCGCAUGCGGAUGACACAUGAACCCAUCAACUCUGAUCUGAUUGACAUGGAGCUGAUAGAGCUGAAGUUUGUCUUUGAUCGCUUCCACCACGACAACCGGGACUUUGGCAUGCUGCCCAAUUAUCAACCAGCAUGUCAACCUUCGCUGAACGACCAGACCCUGAUGUUUGGCAACUCGACUGGACAAGGAUGGUUGUGGUAUUUCAUCAAAAUCUACAUACGUGCUUUCCAGCAUGCUAGUGAUUUGGAUGAUAUUGUCGAGGAGAAGUUACUGAUUGGUGACCGGCCAAAGAAGAGCCCAGAACCAGAAGUCCAACUUCCUCUCAGGGAACGUCUAGCCAUUCGAAAACCUGAAGAAGCAGCAGAGUUGACGGCUGAUGAAUUGCAACUCAUGGAAUGGGCUACUGCUGUCAGUGACUGGCUCGAGCCCUAUCACGACUAUACUCGCCCGCCUCCAGCGGUGGUUCUUGCUGAGGCCAACAAACAGAAUGAGCUUAGGACCGGGCUUCCGCUCAGGGGUGUUGACCUCAAAGCCCUAAAUGGCGACGCCAACGCCAAUGGUCAUGCAAAGAAAGACGAAGAUGCUCCUCCUGUGAAGGAACCGCCUCAACUGGUGGCACAAUUCUUUGAGCAUAUGCACGCACGCUUCGUGCAGUUACAACAGAGCCAGAGCCUCCCCUCGGACCUACUACAUGUAGCAACACUCACCCAAGAAGCUUUCCUUCUCUUUGCGGUGGAAUCUCAUCGCUUCAAGACCGCAUCUGUUGUCAAGAUUUACAAAUUGGGGGCACUCGUACAAUCCCUCAAGGAUAUUCGCUCGAAGGCCUGCACGGUACUCAAGACAAUGUCGAAUGACCUUUUGAAGAUAGCCGAGGUGGCCGGGUCGGCUGAACGACGGAAGAGCUUCGUCGAGUCUUGUAAACCUAUCACCGACUUCCCGGAGCUGCAUCAUGAUUUUGUGCUCAAUAUUGCAAAGAACGUCGGCGAGUCGCGUAAAAAAGUACUCGAGGGCGUUGGUAAAGGAAUGGUCAAGAUUUGCACCAAUUACGGCCAGUAAGCCGGCCUCCAUUUUCGAUACCGACAUCGCAUAUAUUACUUUACACCCACACUGCUCCCCACUCACUACUCAUGCUACUCAUGCUACUGCCACACUACGUACUUAGGUUUAUCGGAUAUAAUUGUGACAUAUUGAAUUAUGUCAUGCAAUACGCGUGACUUGUGACUCUAC